AUGGGCAUCCACUCCAUCUUGCGCCAGGCGCGCGCGCAGGGCUGGCGGGACGACACGGUCGAGUACGCCAUUUUCCCCGACCUGGGUUCCUUCGAGCUGCCGCCCCCCGCGCCGGUUCAGGCGGCGGAGAGCGACGAGGCGGUACGGCGCGGGCUGGAGGCGCUGCGCGUGGCGUGCCUCGACAUCGCGGCGAGGCACGCGGGCGACAUGCGGUGGAACCGCGACCCCUUCCAGCUCUGGCCCGCGCCGCCCCUCGCGCGAGACGCGGCGGAGCAGGCGGUGCGCGGCGUUGAGGGGGAGGGGGAGGAGGAUCCGCCGUUCCGAUGGCGCGACAGGGACGACGACGUGGCUUGGGGUCUGCAGGAUGACGACGAGGAGGGGGACGAGGGGGAGGGGAAUGAGGGGGAGAAGGCGGACAGUGCAGGAGGAGCGGAUAAGCGUGGGGGGGAGCGGGGGCAGGUGAGCGUGCCGGCGCACCUAUACGGGCGCACGCAGUACGGCGCGAGUGUGGAGGACGAGUGGGUGGUGGUGUGGCUGCUGCUGCGCAUCUCCGCCUGCCUGCCCUUCCUCUCCAUCCGUACGCGCGCUCACGUGCGCCCUCCCGCUCCCUCCGCUCCGCCCGUGACGUGCGCUCCCUCGUCCGCCAUGGCAGUGCCCCCCCCGCGCGCCUGCAUGCGCAUACUAGCAGCCCUGGAAGUGCGCGACGGUGAUGGGGACUUUGUGCUCAUCGAGGCGGCCACGGUGCUGCCCAAGUGGGUGGCGCCCUCCUGUGCGCGCAACCGCCUCCUCCUGCGCCAGGGUCGCCUGCAUCUGGUGCAUCCGCGUCUGCGCCGCCCGCCCUACCGCCCCGCCGCGCUGCACACCGCACUGGCCGCCGUGCGCAGUGCCGACGAGCCCACGGAAGCUUCUGAGAAGAUUCAUCGCGCCGUGAUGAGCCGCCUGGAAGGGCUCCCAGGCUCUGCGCUGGCAGCCGUGCACACCGCCAGGUGUCGCCUUCCCAUUCGUGCAGCACAGGUCAGUGCACGUGCCCCCGCCCAGUCAGCACGCCCCCACUCUCCCCCACUCCGCUCUGCGCCCCUGUUGCUGAUCCAUCUUUGCUUCUCCCCACCUUCUCCCCCUUUCUACCCACCCCCCCAGGCAGUGCAGCAGGACCCGUACCUGGCCACCCUGGCAGCCCACGCCUUCCUCAACAGGGACCAUGCCGCCUCCUCCCCCUCCCACACACCCUCUCCCUCCCGCCACCCCUCGCAGCCCCUCCCCCUCUUCCUCCCCCACACCUCCUGCCCCUGCGCCCUCGCAUCCUCCCGGCCCCCUGCGCCCCCCACCACAUCCGCCAACGCCCCCCCCAUUGCUCCCCCCCCUGCGCCCUGCCCACCCCCCUGUGUGGCGGUGGUGGACGUGAUGGUGGGGCUCCCCCGCGCCUGCUACGCGCAGCUCGCGCUGCUGCCCUUCUCCCCCUUACGCGCCUUCCCCCUGCCCUUCCCCUCCGACCCCCUCUAUCCCGCCGCCCUGCUUGGCUGCAAGCUCGCCCUCGGCCUGCACCUGCUCUCGCAGGGGGCGGGCCGGGGGACAGGAGGGAGGGGCAAGAGCAAGGGUGGCGGUGAGGGGAAAGGGGAGAGGGAGAGCGCGAGAGGGGAGGGUGGGGAAGGGGGUGUGGAGGGAGCAGGGGAGAGCAGGGAAGUGCAGGUGUGCGAGUGUGAUAAGGUGGUGGUGCCGGCAGGGAUGGCAGGGGGUGAGGGCGAGGGAGCGGGCGGUGGGGGCAGGGGGAGGGCAGAGCUGUGCCAGUGGAGCGACCUGUUGCCGUGCCUCACACACGCAGGGCUCUUCCAUUCCGCCCACCCGCCCUCUGCUCCCUCCAACCCUGCCGCUGCUGCCGCUGGGGCUGCUGUGGGGGCCGAGGAGCAGGGGACGAGUGGGGCAGUGGGGGAGGAGCGGAGAAGGGCAAUAGAGAAGGAGAUGGAGAAGCGGUUCAGAGCGGUGCAGCGGUUUGCACAGCUCAGCGCCACAGCGGCUGAGCCAGCGGCGCGCAUCUACUCUGUGCUGGCGGGGCAACCUGCGCCGCACCCGUCGGCCUUCUCACGGGCAGCGCUGCGAGCGGACGACAGCGAGCGGUGGAUGGGCGACGCCGUGCGAGCCAUGGAGGCGCGCCUGGGCAACCAGCAGGCAGAGGGGCGGGGGGGGAGCAGGCGCAAGGGGGGGCGUGAAAAGGAGGGAGCUGGGGUGGGGGGAAGGAGGAGGGAAGGGAAGAUUGGCAAGGCGGGGAGGAGGGAGGGAGAGGAGGUGCAGGGAGAGGAGGAGGCGGGACAGUUGUUGGAGCGACUGAAGCGAUUCAUGUCUGGCGUUUCUGGGUUUGAGGGCGUGGAGGCCGAGGGGGGUGGUGAUGGCAGUGAUGGGGGCGAGGGUGAGGGGGGCGAGAGUGAGGGGGGCGAGAGUGGGAGAGGGGGGAGUGGUGAGGAGGAGGAGAGUGGUGGCGGGGGGUGGAACGAAGGGGAGGAGAGUGGUGAGAGUGAUGAGGAGGAGCAAGAGGAGAGGGAGGAAGUGCAGCGGGUGAGUGUGGAGGGUGGUGUGGGAUUGCAGGAAGAGGAGGAGGAUGGUGACGAGGAUGGCGGGGAGGUGGUGAUGGGGCGGGAGAAGCUGAGGGAGUUUGAGAGGUUUAUGGAGGAGUUGGAGGGGGUGAUGGAGCGGUACAGCGAGGAGGAGGUGAAGGGGUUCCGAGGCGAUGGCAGCUCGGAGGGCGACGAGGACGACGCCAGCGAGUCCGCCUUCUUCUCAGGUCGCCCCCCGCCCCCUCCCUGCCCUGUGCUUCCCUGCCCCUCGUACGUGAUUCCGGGCAGUGACAGCGACUGGGAGGAUGUCAGUGACGCGGGCAGCCAGGGGGGCGAGGGCGAGGAGCAGGAGGAGGAGGAGGGUGAGAGCAAGGGGCCUAUCUCGGGGCCAUUGGUGCUGGGCGGUGGUGGCAGGGGCAGUGGAGGUGCAGGCAGGGGUGCAGGCCGGGGUGCAGGCAGGGGUGAGAGUGGGCCGGGUGAGGGCAGUGGGCCGGGUGAGGGCAGUGGGCCGGGUGAGGGCAGUGGGGCGGCAGGCAGGGGGGGCGCGGCAACAGGACUGCGCCGGGGCUUCUUUGGCGGGGGAGGCGGGCAGCGGGGGAAGCAGAAUGGGGAGGCGAGGAGGGGGGAGGAAGGGGAGAUGAAGAGAAGAGAUAAGGGCAAGGGGAAAGUGGUGGAGGUGGAGGAAGAGGAAGGGAGAAAAGGAAGUGGGAAGCGAGGGGUGGGGGAAGGCAGCAGCAGGGGAGGGGGUGGGGGAAGGGGGGCGGGAGAGGAGGACUUCUACUCACUCUACUCCAAGGCCAUGGCCGCGCAGCUCGCCCCCACCCAUGUGCCGUCCUCCUCGCUGCCCCUGCCGCCGCACACCCAGCGCCCCAAGGGCAACAGCAGAGCAGGCCGGGCAGGGGCGGGUGCAGCAGCAGCAGGAGAGGGGAAGGAAGCGGAGGAAGGGGAGGAGGCACGGCGGGUGGUGGGCAGCCUGCAGAUGGCGGCGCGCCUUCAGGGGGGGCUGCCGGGGCCAGCUGCACUGCUGCUGGACGCUGUUAGGGGGGAUGCCGGGGUGAAGCGGGGCAGAGGGGGGAAGGGGAAGGCUAGAGGUAAAGGGAGGAGAUGA